AAUUGUAGAGUAUCAACGAAGGCGUGUUGAAGUGUGAAGUCUCUUGGGGCAAGGCUGCGACAACUUCGGAGUACUGAAACCAGAAAGAUGGUCCACUCUCGAACACGUGCCGCGACCUUGGUGGUGGUGGGGGGGAAAGAGGGUCGUACCUUUCUCUGUGUUAUAAAUAAUAUCUGACGCUAGAUUUGCAAUUCUCGUUUCAAUUGUGGAACUGAAAGCAACGAAGGAGCCGGAGCUAUCGGCAACAGAUUACCGAACACUGACAUUACGACUUCACGUCACUGAUAGGCAGUAACAAUGCAUCGGGCUUCGUCAAUUGUGACGACACUCCUGUUAAUACUGGUGGGAGGGGCUAGGUUGGACGAGACAAUUGACCCAAUAGUGACCACACGCCAAGGCAACAUGCGAGGUACCACAAUGACGUCACGGAACGGGAGGACGUUCCAUGCCUUCUUGGGAAUCCCCUAUGCAGCACCUCCUGUUGGUGCGCUCAGAUUUAAGGCGCCGUGGCCACCCCACCCUUGGGGCGACACUCUAAAUGCGACGCAGGAUGGGCCGAUGUGCAUGCAGAAGGACUAUCUGGACCCGAACCCGCGAGUGCAGGGGCAAGAAGACUGCCUGUACCUUAACGUGUAUACGCCUUACCUGAGGCCCAAGGAGCCCCUGGAUGUGAUGGUUAACAUUCAUGGCGGAGGUUUCUUCUCCGGAACAGGGGCCAGCUACUUGUGGGGACCACAGUACCUUCUGGACAAGGAUAUCGUGCUGGUUACGUUCAACUACCGCUUGGGGGUGCUAGGGUUUCUGAGCACUGGGGACAACGCCGCUCCGGGAAACUUUGGUCUGAAAGAUCAGGUAGCCGCUCUGAAAUGGGUUCAGAAAAACAUCGCAGCGCUGGGCGGGAACCCCAAUAGUGUUACUAUUUUCGGGCAGAGUGCAGGUGGCGCCAGCGUCCAUUUGCAGAUGCUGUCGCCCCUCAGCGCAGGUCUCUUCCAUCGAGCCAUUUCUCAGAGCGGGACUGCACUGAACGCCUGGGCCUGGCCCACAGACUCCCUCUUCCUCGCGCGACGACAGGCAACAUAUGCAGGAUGUGACCCCGACGACGACACAGCAGGCAUAGUGAAGUGCCUGAGGAAAGUUGACGGUGAGAAGCUCGUCGAUUCUGGCGACAACUUCAAGUUCUGGUCAAUUGACCCUCUCGACGUGUUCGGGCCGGUUGUGGAGGAAGGCGCAGGCGCGUUUCUGACGGCGAACCCUUUCUACAUAAUCCAGAGCGGGCACUACAACCACGUGCCCUGGAUGGCGGGUGUGGUAACCGACGAGGGAAUCGUCCGUGGUGCGGCGAUCCUCAGCAACGACACCCUGCUCGAGGACCUGAACAGGCGACUUACUCUGCUAGGACCGCGCCUGCUGGAGCUCAGCAAGAGCGUGGUGGGUAGCGAAGAUAUGGUGGCCUAUGUCUGGGACCGGUUAGUCAGGUUCUUCCUGGGCAACCAGACGACCAUCACGGCGGAAAACGGUCGCGACUUUCUUAACAUGUUCACGGAUAGAUCUUUUAUCCACGGGGUGCACAAGAGCGCUCAGCUGCAUCAGAAGGCAAACCAUCCCAACAUGUUUCUGUAUCACUUCAGCUACAGGGGACUAUACAGCUUCACGCCUGUGUUCGCCAGGACUGCUAAAGACUUCGGGGUGAGCCAUUGUGACGACCUGAUCUACCUGUUUCGCCUGCCACUACUCUUCCCUGACUGGCCCCCCGAGCAUCCCGACAUUCAAAUGUCAGAAACAAUUAUUCAGCUCUGGACGAACUUCGCCAAGUACGGUGACCCAACACCUUAUACACCACAAUGGACAAAUGCUGCUGACAGCGAUAAUUACGGGAAAGCUGUGAACAACGCAUUAUGGGAUCCGGUAUUUCCAGGGAAACAUUUGCGUUAUCUGAAGAUCAGUGCUGGUCCUAACCUGACAAUGAAGCAGGAUUGGUUCAAAGAACGCAUGGACUUCUGGGACUCCCUGCCUCUCUCGGAAAACGAGUCCCACGUGACUGACCCCCCAUACUUCCUGGACCUCGUCUACAAUUUCUUAGUGUACUUAAUGAAAUGACGUGUGUGAAACAACCCUUUGUGAAGACUGCUCUUUGGGUGAUUUUAUGGUGCUUUAUCAACGACUGACAAAACGUGUUUUCAAAUGGACUCUAAUAUGAUGAUUCUGUGACGCAAAAAGGAUGGGAGGAAAAUGUGUUAUCUCAGAAUUAGUCUAGAAGGAUUUAUGGAAACCACGAAAGCUCACAAUACAUUUUUUCAGUUGCA